AUGACGACUGUUACUCCAUCCAAUGCUACUUUUAAGAAUAAAGAGAAGCCUCAAGAGGUCCGUAAGGCUAAUAUUAUAGCUGCUCGUGCAGUUGCAGAUGCUAUUCGUACUUCUUUAGGUCCUAAAGGUAUGGAUAAGAUGAUCAAGACUUCUCGUGGUGAAAUUAUUAUUUCAAACGAUGGUCAUACUAUUUUAAAGCAAAUGGCUAUCUUACAUCCUGUUGCCAAGAUGUUGGUUGAAGUUUCUGCUGCUCAAGAUGCAGAAGCUGGUGAUGGUACCACUUCUGUUGUCAUUUUAACCGGUGCAUUGUUAGGUGCUGCUGAAAGAUUGUUGAACAAGGGUAUUCAUCCAACUAUUAUCGGUGAAUCGUUUCAAAGAGCUGCGAAAAGAUCAGUAGAAAUUUUACUGCAAAUGUGUCAUAGAAUUUCUUUGAAUGACAGAGAUGAUUUAAUUAGAGCAGCCUCCACUUCUUUGAGUUCAAAAAUCGUCUCUCAAUUUUCUAGUUUCUUAUCUCCAUUAGCUGUCGAUGCAGUAUUGAAAAUUACUGAUGAGGACGCUACAACUGUUGAUUUGAAUGAUAUUAGAUUGAUCAAAAAAGUUGGUAGUACAAUUGAUAGCACAGAAAUGGUCGACGGUGUAGUAUUGACACAAACCGCCGUAAAGACUGCAGGUGGUCCAACUCGUAUGGAAAAGGCUAGAAUCGGUUUAAUCCAAUUCCAAAUUUCUCCUCCAAAGCCAGAUACUGAAAACAACAUUGUAGUCAGUGAUUAUAGACAGAUGGAUAAAAUUUUGAAAGAAGAAAGAGCAUACCUGUUGAACAUUUGUAAGAAGAUCAAGAAGGCUAAAUGUAACGUUCUUUUGAUUCAAAAAUCUAUCUUAAGAGAUGCUGUUAAUGAUCUAGCAUUACAUUUCUUAUCUAAAUUAGGUAUUAUGGUUGUUAAAGAUAUUGAAAGAGAAGAAAUCGAAUUCCUAUCCAAGAGUUUAGGUUGUAAGCCAAUUGCAGACAUCGAAUUAUUCACUGAAGAUAGACUAGGUACUGUUGAUUUGGUUGAAGAAAUAGAUAGCGAUGGCUCCAAGAUCGUUCAAUUUACCGGUAUAAAGAGCAAUAAUGCUAAGCCAACUGUGUCAGUUGUUAUUCGUGGUGCGAACCAAAUGAUCUUAGAUGAAACAGAGCGUUCAUUGCAUGAUGCCUUAUGUGUUAUCCGUUGUCUAGUAAAGGAAAGAGGUUUGAUUGCUGGUGGUGGUGCCCCAGAAAUUGAAGUUUCUCGUAUAUUAAACAAAGAAUCUCGUGAAAUGCAAGGUGUAGAGGCAUUCAUCUGGCAAGAAUUUGCAGAAGCAUUGGAAGUUAUCCCAACUACAUUAGCUGAAAACGCCGGUUUAAAUAGCAUUAAAGUUGUUACUGAAUUACGUUCUAAACAUGCAAACGGUGAAGUAAACGAUGGUAUAUCUGUUAGACGUUCUGGUACCACUAAUACAUUCGAUGAACAUAUUUUACAGCCAGUAUUAGUAAGCACAAGUGCUGUUACAUUAGCUGCGGAAUGUGUGAAAUCCAUUCUGCGUAUUGACGAUAUUACUUUCAGUCGUUAA